UAGUCAUUAGUUAGACACAUUAUACCGACAUCACGUCUUUAUAUUAAGGCGCAGGCAGUUUGUGUGUGUAUGGUGUAUGUAUCUAUAAUGAAAACGAUAGUGUGAUCAAGUAAUCAGUAGUAAUAACGGUAAACAACUUCAGUUUCGUCUAUAAAGAUUCCGAAGAAAGCAACAUUUUAGUAAAAAAUUUAUUUUACGCAGUGUUGCGUACAUUUCGCACACUUGAUUGUAUUAUCCGUACUAUGUCUUCGAUACAAAUUGAUGGAAGCUUGGGCGAAGGUGGUGGUCAGGUAUUAAGAAUUGCACUUUGCCUGAGUACAUUAUAUAAAAUUCCAAUUAAAAUUAAUAAUAUACGAGCAGGUCGUCCUAAGCCUGGCCUUGCUGCACAACAUUUAAAAGGAGUAGAACUGUUAAAAGAUAUGUGUAAUGCAGAAGUUUAUGGAGCUCAUAUAGGAUCAACAAUUUUAGAGUUUAAACCUGGUCAGUUAAACAUGGAUAAAAAACACACAUUCUUUGUAGAUACAGGAACUGCUGGCUGUAUUUGUUUGUUAGCUCAAGUAGCUUUACCUUGUGCUCUUUUUCUUCUAAGAAAGGAUACAGUUACCUUGAUUCUUAAAGGUGGCACAAACGUUCCUAUGGGACCACAUAUAGAAUAUUUUACAGAAAUAUUCAGACCAUUACUUAAUAAAUUUGGAGCUGAUUUUGAUUUUAGAGUUAUAACAAGGGGUUAUUAUCCAAAGGGAGGUGGAGAGGUACAUUUGUACAUUAAACCUGUACAUACUUUGAAAGCUAUUACUUUAACUGAUCCAGGAAUUCCACAUGAAAUAAUAGGAUGGGCAUAUGUUGCAGGUGUUGUUCACAUUAGGGAAGCACAUAAAAUGGCAAAUGAUGUAAAAUCAGUUUUAACAAAAGGUUUAAAUAAAUCUAAUAUUCCAUUGCCACCUAUAAAUAUCGAAGUUUAUAAAGAGGAUAGAUCUGUAACUAUUGGUAAUGGGUCUGGCAUCAAUGUAAUGUGCGCUACGACUAGUGGAUGUGUUUUUGGUGGGUCAGGACUGGGUUCUGGACGUCAAGAGCAAGUAGCACCAGGUAUACAAGCAGCUAAUGAAAUAUUGAACACAAUUUUAGCAGGAUCCUGUGUUGACGAACAUGCACAAGAUCAAUUAAUCAUUUUGAUGGCUUUAGCUAAAGGUACUUCUAAAAUUAAUCUCGGAAGUAAAAAACUUACUUGUCACACUGAAACAGCUAUAAAAGUGGCAGAAUUGGUCUUACAACAGUUUAAUCUUCAAUUUAAGUUAUGCGAAAAUAGAAAUGAUGGAAGUAAUAAUUCCUAUACCUUAGAGUGUGAAGGUUGUGGGUAUGAAAAUAAAGAUAUAAAAUAAGUAACAAUUGUAUAUUCAGAAUAAGUAUAAUGCAAAAUGCAUAGUACAUGUAUUAA